GCUGGAAAGCAGACAGCAGAGCUCGUGGAAGAGCAAAGAUGCCAACCCCGAACAUCUCCACCUCUGCAGCCAAAGGCUUCCGCAGGGCGGUGUCGGAGCUGGACUCCAAGCAAGCCGAGGCCAUCAUGUCUCCACGGUUCAUUGGGAGACGUCAGAGCCUCAUUGAAGAUGCCAGGAAGGAAAGAGAGGCUGCGGCUGCAGCCACUGAUGCUGCAGAGUCCACAGAGACCAUUGUAUUCGAGGAGAAGGAUGGGAGAGCCAUGCUGAACCUCUUUUUCAUGCUCAAGGGAGCCAAGACUUCACCACUGUCCCGUGUCCUUAAGGUGUUUGAGACAUUUGAAGCUAAAAUUCAGCACCUGGAGACCAGGCUUAGCCGAAAACCUCGUGAAGGGAUUUCUGAGCUGGAAUAUUUUGUGCGCUGCGAGGUCCACAGCUCUGACCUCAAUACUUUCAUUAGCUCCAUCAAGAGGGUAGCAGAAGAUGUGAGGACCACUAAGGAAGACAAAUUUCACUGGUUUCCCAGAAAAAUCUGCGAAUUGGACAAGUGCCACCAUCUGGUCACCAAGUUUGACCCCGACUUGGAUCUGGAUCACCCGGGCUACUCUGACCAAGUAUAUCGCCAGAGAAGGAAAUCAAUAGCAGAGAUUGCUUUUCACUAUAAGCAUGGGGACCCAAUCCCUCAUGUGGAGUACACGGCGGAGGAGACAGCUACCUGGAAGGAGGUGUACAGCACCCUGAAGAGCUUGUACCCCACCCAUGCCUGCAAGGAGUACCUUGAGGCUUUCAGUCUACUGGAGAAAUUCUGUGGCUACAAUGAGAACAACAUCCCUCAGCUGGAGGAGGUUUCCCGCUUCCUGAAAGAGAGGACUGGCUUCCAGCUCCGGCCGGUGGCCGGCCUGCUGUCAGCGCGGGACUUCCUGGCCAGCCUGGCCUUCCGCGUCUUCCAGUGCACGCAGUACAUCCGCCACGCGUCCUCGCCCAUGCACUCCCCCGAGCCGGAUUGCUGUCAUGAGCUGCUGGGGCACGUCCCGAUGCUGGCCGACAAGACGUUUGCCCAGUUCUCUCAGGACAUUGGACUGGCAUCUCUGGGAGCAACUGAUGAAGAAAUUGAGAAACUAGCAACGCUUUACUGGUUUACAGUGGAGUUUGGGCUCUGCAGACAGAAUGGAAUAGUCAAAGCCUACGGAGCUGGGCUCCUCUCUUCCUACGGCGAGCUCAUACACUCCUUGUCAGAUGAACCAGAGGUGAGGGACUUCGACCCUGAUGCUGCAGCUGUUCAGCCCUACCAGGACCAGAACUAUCAACCUGUUUAUUUUGUGUCUGAGAGCUUCAGUGAUGCCAAAAAUAAAUUGAGGAGCUACGCGGCGCACAUCAAGCGGCCCUUCUCGGUGAAAUACGAGCCCUACACCCACAGCAUCGAGCUCCUGGACAGCCCCCAGACGAUCUGCCACUCCCUGGAGAGCGUAAGGGAUGAGCUCCACUCGCUGAUUAACGCGCUCAAUGUUCUCAGUUAAUACAAGAACUGAGCCAUUUCCGUCCCCUCCCAGCCCCCGAAGUGCCCGCCCUGCCCUCACCUAAUUCCCAGCUGGUAAUUCCUACCUGUUCUUCUCCAAACACUGGCACUGCUGCCUGUCACCACGCGACCCCAACAGCUUUCCACUUUUGUAUGUAGGGCCAGCUCGGAGGAGGGCAGCGGGACGCACCCGAUGCCUGCUGGCUUUUUGGGUAGCUUUUCUAUUGACUGCUGGAAGAGGCUUAGCAGAUACAAAAAAGCAUGGCCAAGCUUAAAAGUUGAAGACAAGAGCCCUGGGCUAUGAUCCUGAGUGCAAGGAAGAGGAGAAAAUCUACUGUAUUUAAAAAGAAAAAAAAAAGAGAGAAGCAAUAAUUUUUUUUAUUGCACUGUGAGAGAAAAAUUUAAUUUGCCUUUUUUUUUAAUCCCCAAAGCAACUCCAUGAGUCUUGUUCUUAGUUAUUCUAAUAUUACUGUCAUC